AUAUCGCAAAUUGGCCAAACUUCUUUAACCAUAACUAUUGAAUCAUUGCAACUAGUCUAUGAAUUCUUAAUCGGAAAACUUCCACAAAAAUGGUUAUCUGCAACAACCCUAAGUACUUGGUAUAAAAAAAUCUCACAAAUUGAGAUUGAAACUGGAAUAUAUAAGGCUUUACAAUAUUCAUGA